ACUCCUGCCUGUAUAAAGGCAUAGUGAGCUGAGCCAUCCAGUCUGAACCAGUUGCAGCACUAGAUGUCACAAAUAUCCAGCUCCUCAGUUCAAUCUGCCUAAUAUCAGAAGUCACUACAGAGCUCAGCUCUGGCAGAUUUGUAACAAGACACCAAAACUACAGCACUUGUCAUUAUGUCUGACAGAGAUUCCACAGAGUCACCUGCAUUUAACGAAGAUAAAGCAGACUCCUUACUUCAUUCUGCUCAUCCCGCUGGAGGCCCUCAUCCAUCCUUGAAGGCAAGAGAGGUUUAUGAAGCAAGUAAGGAAGAAACAUCUAGUAAACUGACUGCAUUAUGGCAUAAGACUUUAAGUUGUAUAAAAACCGCUAAUGAAACUAGCAACAAUCCUGAGCAAUUGAACACUGCUCUCUCAAGGGUUAAGAAGGCAUUUGAGAAUUAUAAAAGACUUUCUGAAAAGUUCUAUUCCCUAUUGUCACAUUCCAGCAUGGAGGAAGCCGCAGUGGAAUUAAAGGACUUUACUUCUACUGACCAGCAGAGGUAUAGCACAUAUCUUGAAGCAAAGGCACAGAUAGAAGGUAGAUUAGCACAGCUACAUGAAACUACAUCCUGUAAAUCUGCUUCUUCCAGACACUCAGGUAAAUCUUCUAGAUCUGCCCGCUCCUAUCAUAAAUCCUCUUCUAAGUCACUGCGGUCCUGCUCUGUAAGGUCAACACUGAGCGACCAAAUAGUCAAAGCUCGCCAGAAGGUCGCAGCAGCCCAGGUUCAAGCCGCCUGCUCUGAAAGAGAAGCAGCCAUCAAAGCAGAAGCUAAACGCAUUCAAGCAGAAACAGAGGCUCAGCUAGAAAUCCUUCAGAAGAGUAAAGAAAAGGAAGUAGCAUUGGCGGAAUUAUUCGUCUUGGAACAAGCCCUAUUGGAAGAAGAAGGAGCAGCUUGUCCCAGCUUGGCUGCUUGUCAAGACCCCAUUGAAAGGACCCUACAGUUCGUCUUAAGCCAGAACCACGACAUCACAGUCCCACCUACAGUUGGAGAUUUUUCUCAUAAUCAUCCAGCAUGUGGACCAGAAGGCAACAUGUCACAAAAUCAAGCUGGUCAACUAGACACACCUGCUAACAGAGACACUCCACAACUACCGCAUGUCACAAAAUCAAGUGAGUCAACCUACGCGGCUCACGUGCCACCCUAUGCGAAUAGAGAUUACAAGGGUACAGCAAAAGACUACAGGAUGAACUCUAUGACCCCUGUGAAACAGUUCUCUUCAACUUCAAAUGCUCAGAGACCUUUAGACAUCAGACCCUUACCUAGAUUGAACCCAUCUGCAACACCUUUCGCUCCACCAACCAGCCAACUUCAGAUACCAACCAUGGCUCAAGUCGGCGCACCAUCAGUAUCCCCGGUGGCUAUAAAAACUGAAAGCAUCAACGCUACGGAGCUCAGCAAGAGUAUGGCUUUACAAGAAUUGAUCACAACUGGACUGUAUAAAUUUGAUGACCGCCCAGAGAACUACAGGAGUUGGAGAUCUACAUUUAAGGCAGUAAUCAAGAGCUUGCCCGUUGAACCUCAAGCAGAACUUGAUUUACUAAUAAGGUAUUCGGGGCGACAAUCUUCAGAACAAGUAAAGAGACUUAAAUCUGUUUACAUCUAUAACUUUAACGCAGGCCUUGAUGCUGCCUGGGAACGUCUAGAUCAAGACUAUGGGAGUCCCGAAGUCAUUGAAUCUGCCUUAUUCCAGAGACUAAACGACUUUCCUAAGAUCUCUGUUAAGGACAAUCAUAAGCUUAGAGAGUUAGGCGACCUCCUUCAUGAACUUGAAAUUGCUAAGCUAGAUCCUAGUUUACCAGGUCUUAGCUAUUUAGACACUGCUCAGGGCGUGAAUCCUAUUGUAGCAAGGUUGCCUAGUUAUCUUCAGGGAAAGUGGACUAGUGUAGGAUCAAAAUAUAAGUAUGAACAUCAUGUUUCCUUCCCUCCCUUUUCUUAUUUUGCAGAGUUCGUGCGGAAGGUUGCAAAAUCCAAGAAUGACCCAAGCUUCUUCUAUCCAGAUACAACCACCACUCCUUUAACCACCUCAAGGGGUAUUGCCACCAACAGUAAGUUCAAGGAUUUAAAGUAUCCUAUUGCCGUGAGGAAGACAGAGGUAGCAUCCAACGUCUUGGCUACAGGCAUUAAGGCAAGCAAUCUCAAUCAACAGUGUCCUAUCCAUAAUGCGCCACAUUCUCUCUCCAAAUGCCGUGCAUUUAAGGAUAAGCCUAUUGAAGAACGCAAGUCAUUUCUCAAAGAGCAUAAUAUCUGUUUCAAGUGUUGUGCAUCCUCCGAUCAUUUAGCAAGAGACUGUAAGAUCACCAUCAGAUGUUCUCUGUGUAACAGUGCCAAACAUGUGGACGCUCUUCAUUCAGACCUGUUCAAAAGGAAACCUUCACCCGGCAGCAACCCCAAGCCUACAUCAGAUGAUGGCGGGGAGAGAAGUGAGCAACAUGCCAACCCCGUAACCACAAGGUGUACAGAGGUAUGUGGAGAAGGGCUUCAUAGCAAGUCUUGUAGCAAGAUAUGUCUUGUAAGGGUUUUUCCUGAAGGAUGCCCACAAAAUUCCAUAAAAAUGUAUGCCAUACUCGACGAUCAGAGCAAUCGCUCAUUGGCCAGUCCAGAAUUCUUUGACCUAUUCAACAUUCAUGGAGAGGCCUGGUUCUAUACCUUGCAGACAUGUGCAGGAAAGAUCAAUACUUCUGGAAGAAGAGCCCAUGGCUUCAUAGUGGCAUCAGAAUAUGAGGACAUAGAGUUUCCUCUUCCGACUCUAAUCGAAUGUGAUCAGCUACCGAACAACAGAGAAGAAAUCCCCAUACCAGAGGCUGCACGUCAUCACCCCCAUUUAAGCCACAUUGCUGACUACAUUCCACCACUUAACAAGGAUGUUAAGAUCUUGAUUCUACUAGGGAGAGACGUUCCUAGAGUCCAUAAAAUAAGAGAGUUAUGUAACGGUCCAGACGAUGCUCCUCAGGCCCAGAAACUUGAUCUUGGAUGGGUGAUAAUAGGAGAAGUCUGUUUAGACCAAUCUCACAAGCUCUUGGAUGUAGCUUCUUACAAAACCAAUGUUGCCUAUCGGUCGAUGAAAUGUCCAUUGCAUUAUUAUGUGAAGGAAAGACUUGAUUUUAAAAACGAAGUUCCAUAUCAACCACUCCAAGGUAUAAACUGCAAGCUCACUUCUCAGAAGGACCUUGGCGAUUCAGUGUACCAGACUACUUGCGAUGACAACAAGAUUGCCCCUUCAGUCGAAGAUAAGGAGUUCAUCAAGAUUAUGGAUAAAGAGUUCUUCAAGGACAAUUCCAACAGUUGGGUAGCUCCAUUACCCUUCCGAGUACCAAGGCUUACCCUCCCUAACAAUCGAGGACAAGCUUUAACCAGAUUUGCUGCACUUAAGAAGACUCUCUGUAACAAACCUGAGAUGCAAGAGCAUUUUCUAGCAUUUAUGCAGAAGAUUUUAGAUAACCUUCACGCUGAACCAGCACCAGACCUCAAGGAAGGUGAAGAAUGCUGGUACCUUCCAUCCUUUGGAGUCUACCAUCCUCGUAAACCGGGGCAAAUCAGAAUAGUCUUUGACUCAAGCGCUCAGUUCCAGGGAACCUCUUUAAAUAACGUUCUUCUAACUGGUCCAAAUCUAACGAACAACCUAGUAGGAGUGUUGAUGCGGUUCAGGAAGGAACCAAUUGCCGUGACAGUUGACGUCCAACAGAUGUUCCACUGUUUCAUAGUCAAAGAGGACCACAGAAAUUAUCUCAGGUUCUUGUGGCACCGCAACAAUAACAUUAAUGAUCAGGUGAUAGAUUAUCGCAUGAGAGUCCACGUCUUUGGAAAUAGUCCAUCUCCUGCCGUGGCAACUUAUGGACUGAGAAGAACAGCGCAGGAAGGCAAAAAGGAAUUCGGAUCUGACACCAGGCAAUUCAUUGAGAGAGAUUUUUAUGUGGACGAUGGCCUAAAAUCCUUUUCAACACCUGAAGAAGCCGUCAAUCUGAUAAAAAGAGCUCAACAGCUCCUGUCGACUGCUAACUUAAGGCUCCAUAAGAUUGCAUCUAAUAGCAGUGAAGUAAUGAGGUCUUUCAAUCCAGAAGAUCAUGCUAAGGAUUUGAAGGAUUUGGACUUGGGAGUAGAUGCCCUACCCACUCAAAGGAGUCUCGGUCUUCUCUGGAAUAUAACUUCAGACACAUUCACCUUUCAGGUAUCUGACUCCAAGAAGCCAUUCACCAGACGAGGAGUCCUGUCAACUGUUAAUAGCCUUUACGAUCCCCUAGGCUUUGUGACUCCAGUUACCGUCCAAGGGAGAUCCAUACUUCGCCAGCUUACUGAGCGAGUGACAGAUUGGGACGCCCCUCUGCCAGUAGACCUGCUGCCUAAAUGGGAGAAAUGGAGAAACUCCAUGAAAAGUACUGAAAGAACUUAA